UUUGCCAUGCCUUCCCCAAAUGUUGAACUUGCGCGCACAGUCCAUCCUGCACCUAUCCACGCAUCAUAUCCUGAUGGUUGUCUGGUUGGAGUUUGCCCAUCGGAAAUAGUGGGUGCUGUUUUAGGUAAUAUGUCUGUGGUGGAUGCCAUUCUAUAUACCAGCACAUCAUCUUGCAAUUACAAGUUGGUACAUUCAUACGUGAAGGAGCAACUCUUUGCUGUAUUGAGACAAUUUGUGCGCUAUCCAGCGACCUUCCUUUCAAAUAUCCUGCAGAUGAAAAGUGUGGUGUUGGGGUCAGUUGCUUUGAAGUUUUUUGAAGGAAGGACAGAAUGGGACCCUUGAGAUAUGGAUUUAUAUGUCCCGUUCUUCAAGAAAGACAGAGCGUUGCAGAUGUUGAGAGAAGAAGAGGGCUAUGUUGUGGUUGAAAAACAUGUUGCGGGGCAAGAGGGGUAUGUGGCCAACCACAACAU